AUGUCCUUUGAUGAAAAAAGGGAAAUGAGAAGCAGAUUUGACAUCACGAACAUGAUCACCUUCCCAAACAAGUCCUUCUUUCGAAUGAAAGUUGGAUGUGUUGAUCCUGAUGCUCUUGAAGGAGAAGCAUUCAUCAUUCAUGAAGAUAUGAUUGUGAUUCCCCUUUCACUAUGUAAUGACCACUGCCACCCUGGGAACCAGAAGAAAAAGAAAGAAGGGGAAAAGUUUUGUUGCUAUGGUUGUGUUCCAUGUCCAGAAGGGGAAAUUUCAAACCAGGAUGAUGUGAAUGACUGCUUCAGAUGCCCAAAAGCUCAGUAUCCAAACAAGAACAAAGCUGCCUGCAUUCAGAAAACGAUGACCUUCCUUUCUUACGAAGAACCUUUAGGGAUCAGUUUAGCAUCCAUUGCCCUUUCUUUCUUCCUCAUCACAGCUUUGGUGCUAGGAAUAUUCAUAAAGUACAGAGACACUCCCAUAGUCAAAGCCAACAACCGGGACCUCACCUACUCUCUCCUUGUCUCUCUCCUGCUCUGCUUCCUCUCUUCAUUGCUCUUUCUGGGUGAACCUAGCAAAGUCUCCUGCCUCCUCCGGCAACCAUUGUUUGGCAUCAUCUUCUCUAUAGCCGUUUCUUGUGUGUUGGCCAAAACUGUCACUGUAGUUCUAGCUUUCUUGGCCACCAAGCCAGGGUCCAGCAUGAGGAAGUGGAUAAGAAAAAGACUGACAAAUUCCAUUGUCUUUUCCUGUUCUCUUAUUCAAUCAACUAUUUGUACUGUGUGGUUGAUGACAUCUCCCCCAUUCCCUGAACUGGACAUGCACUCUUUAGCAGAAGAAAUCAUUGUGCAAUGUAAUGAAGGCUCAGUCACCAUGUUCUAUUGUGUCCUGGGCUACAUGUUCCUCUUGGCCAUUGCCAGCUUUGUUGCCGCAUUUGCAGCCCGCAAGUUACCUGACAGUUUUAAUGAAGCCAAGUUCAUUACAUUCAGCAUGUUGCUCUUUUGCUGUGUUUGGCUGUCUUUUUUUCCAGCCUACCUGAGCACAAGAGGGCAACUCAUGGUGGCUGUGGAGAUCUUUUCCAUCUUGUCCUCCAGUGCUGGGUUAUUGGGCUGCAUCUUUGCCCCUAAAUGCUACAUCAUUAUUAUGAGGCCUGAGCUGAACAACAGAGAACACCUUAUUAAGAAAAAGUAUUAA